AUGGUUUGUUUUUCUGUAGCCGUAUGCGAUCCACCAGGUGAAGUUCAAAAUGGCACGUUUGCUCCUCAGCAAACGUUCUACUACGUCGGUAUGUCGGUUAAUUUCACUUGUCAAGAACAUUUCGGACUGAACGGAUUUUCCAAGUUAACUUGCCGGGAAGAUGGAACAUGGAAUCGAAACUUACCGGAAUGUAUAGAUGAUUUAACAGCAUUCCGAAAAAAACUUGGAGAAGAUGAUGAACUUGGAAUGUUUCCUGCUAUUGUGGCUUCUAUAGUAAUGGCGUCGGCAUUUCUGAUGGCUUUGAUUUUCUUCAUUAUCCUAGUAAUUCGUCGCGCCAGUGAACAAUACGACUAUGAAGACUCAAUCGAGAAUGUAUCACAGAGAGAAGAUGACUUGGAAAUUGAUGAAAUCAAGCAAAUAGAAUAAAUUGAAAUUGAAAAUGGAAACACUCUACAUGGUGUAGAUACAAGGAAGCCAGCAAGAACUAAACUCCAUCAGGCCAUGCCAAAAUCUACAUAAAAAGAAGAUGCAUUGUAGGCCUAUCAUCUUUUUUGAUACUAUAUCAUCCCAUUUUAAACAGGAAUUAUAAUUUUCUAAUAGAAUUAGCGACGUAACAUUUCGUCAACAUUGAACCAGCGUAUCCGACGUGUUUACUAUACUGAUUACGUAUGGGAACUGGCAUGGCAUAUAUUGAUUUAUUACGAAUGGAGUUGAACAGUUUUGUAGUUAAUAUGCCUGCCUUACAAUCCCAGACUAAAGGAUUCAAUUACUGUCAAUGUUACCAAUUUUUUUCCCAUGAUAAUCAAGCACCUAUAUUGGUCGGUGCGCUACCUGAAGUUUCCGCGACUAAGGCAAGUGCAUAAUUUAAACAAAUUCCAAUUUGACAAUGUUUAAAAUUAAUUAAUCAUUUGUAUAGCAUUUUAAAAAUAUUUUUAUAUGUAUUUAAGACAUCCUGUAGAUGGCUUUACUGUAGUUGUUGGAUGUUUUAAAUUAAAAAAAUAAUAUAUAUAAUUGUUUAUGAACUUUCAAUCUUAUGACCAUUUUCUUUAACUUAGUAAUGCAAAUACUGUAUACAUAUUAUAUAUACUACCAGUACUGCCCAAUUUAAAUGGGAUAAUUUUUAAUUUGUGCAAUUAUUAAAUAGUAUAUUUCUAUUGUGUUUUCUGUGUUUAUUAGAUUUUUAUAAAGUACAGUAAUUUGUCUUGGAUACUUCUCAUCAAAACUUUUUAAAGUUAUUCAGGUUUUCUCUUAGCAAAGUAAACUUAAUGUUAUGAUUCGAAAAAUAUUUGUGUAAUUGUUAUGUAUGUUGUAUAUUUUAAUUGUAUAACCAAAUACAGUAAAUCAAAUAAUUAUGUUUAUAUUAUGCUGUGUGUUUGUGAUAUGUAAAAAAACAUAUGCCCCAAAGUCAUAUUUGAAUGCAGGACGUACCUCCCAGAUGCCUUAACCAACGGAAUUUAUACUUAACUUUCUGUCUGGUUCUUAUUCGUCUUAGAUUACUUCUCAUUAAAGCUUUUUAAGUUAUCCAGGUUUUCUCUUAGCAAAGUAAAGUUAAUGAUUCGAAAUAUAUUUUUGUAAUUGUAUGUUGUAUAUUUUAAUUAAUUGUACUGUAUAACCGAAUAAAUCAAAUAGGCCUAA